CCUGCCUCCGAAGAUGGAGCAGUGGGUCAGAGGAUGCGUGCCGGAGACCAGCUCCCAGGCGGUGGCCCUGGCAGAGGGAUUCCUCCUGAAUCAGGCGCAGGCCAAGAAGCAGGCAGAGGGGCAGGAGCCGGUGGGAGUGGUCGCCGAUUUCUCUGAGGCUGAAGAAACUUCCCCGGACCCCACACGGAGGCUGCUGCUGAGGGACAGCCUACAGGGCGGCGAUGGGGGUGUCAUCACCGUGGGAAAUGGGACAGCGUUUGGAGAUAGUGAAAUGGUGCUUGGAGGGCCUUCUAGGCCACCGUCCCUCUGUGGUGGAAUGGAAGCAGCUUCCGUGCAGCCAGAACAGAGCCUGGUGACCUUCGAGGAGAUGGCCGUGCAUUUCACGGCAUUUCACAGAGCAGGCGGAAGACGAGGCCCUGCUAGGUCCCAGCCAGAGGGCUCGGCCGAAGGGAACCGCAGAGAACUGUGGAGCCACGGGGACGUGGCCACAUUGGGGCUCUCGGUUCCCAGAUCCGACCUCAUCUCCUGGCAGGAAGAAGAAGAAAAUCCAUUUGUAGCAGGUUCUGAGGAAGGCGAUAGAUCAACAGAUGACGAACAGGAGAGUAAUGAAGUGGAUGAAGAGCAGAGGAUAAAAGCUGAAGAAAAACAGAAGUGGGGAAACAAAUCUAUUGUGUUUGAAGGGACUGACUUUCAUGAAAUUCCAGUACUGGAGGAAUGUUAUGAAGAAAACAAUGGGGAGAAACUGCUGAUAUGUUCUGAAUGUGGAAAGAGCUUCAGUCAGGAGAUGUAUUUUACUAAACAUCAAAGAAUUCACACAAAGGAAAAAACAUAUAAGUUCUUGGAGUGUGAAAAGCUGCUCAAUCACAACUCAGACUUUAGUUGGCAUCCGAAAUUUGACAUUCCCAAGAACCAUUAUAAAUGCUCAGUUUGUGGAAAGAAUUUCAGCGAUAGCAGAAACCUUAAAAGACAUCAAAGAAUCCACACAGGGGAGAAACCCUACAAAUGCCCAGAGUGUGGAAAGAGCUUCAGUCGCAGCCCAGAACUUAAAGCACAUCAACGGAUCCAUACAGGGGAGAAGCCCUAUAAAUGUUCUGUGUGUGGAAAAAGAUUCAGCCAGAGCUCAAACCUUAGUAAACAUCAAAGAAUACACACAGGUGAGAAGCCCUACAAAUGUCCAGAAUGUGGAAGGAGUUUCAACCAUAGCACACAUCUUAAAAGACAUCAAAGAAUUCACACAGGUGAGAAGCCAUAUCAAUGCUCUGAAUGUGGAAAGAGUUUCAGUCAAAGUGUGGUUCUUAAAUUGCAUCAAAAAAUUCACACAGGGGAGAAGCUAUAUAAAUGUACAGAGUGUGGAAAGAGUUUCAGCAAUAAUGGAAACCUUAAAAUACAUCAAAAAAUUCACAGAGGGGAGAAACCCAGUAAAUGCUCUGAGUGUGGAAAAAGUUUCAGCAAUAGUGGAAACCUUAAGAUACAUCAAAAAACCCAUAGGGAGGAAAAGCCCUAUAAAUGUUCUGAGUGUGGGAAGUGUUUCAGUCAAAGCAUGAUCCUGAAAUCCCAUCAAACAAUUCACACAGGGGAGAAGCCCUAUAAGUGCUCUGAGUGUGGAAAGAAGUACAAUGAUAGUAAAAGCCUUAAAGGACAUCAAAGGAUCCACACACGGGAGAAGCCCUACAAAUGCACUGAGUGUGGGAAGGGUUUCAGUGUUAAAAAAAGCCUUAAUGUUCAUCAAAGGACUCACACACAGGAGAAGCCCUAUAAAUGCUCUGAGUGUGGAAAGAGUUUCAGCGACAGCAGAAUCCUUAAAGUGCAUCAGAGAAUCCACACAGGGGAGAAGCCCUACAAGUGCUUAGAGUGUGGGAAAAGCUUCAAUCAGAGCCCACACCUUAAAAGACAUCAGAGAACUCACACAGAGGAGAAGCCCUAUAAAUGCUCAGAGUGUGGAAAGAGCUUCAAUCAGAGCACACACCUCAAUUCUCACCAAAGGAUUCACACACGUGAGAAGCCCUAUAAAUGCUCAGAGUGUGGAUUGAGCUUCCACCAGAGUAUACACCUUCGUUCUCACCAGAGAAUACACACAGGGAGGAAUCCCAUAAAGGUGGGAAGAUCUUCAGUUUGAAGGACACAUCCCUUCAUUGGAAAAGAUGCUAAUGCAAGAGAAAGCAUAUGGAUACGUAGAGUAGAGUAUAUUUGUAGACUAAAGCAGCAUAACCAGCAGAGAAUUCACACAAGGGACCAGAUAUAUAAAGCCUUAAAUUACGGCGGAAACUUCCAUCAGCAUGGUAAGGGUGGGCAAUGAUCUUUGGUUGGCACCAGGUUAAGGAUAGUCUUAGGGAUCUAUCUGGUUGCCUAUAGUGAAUUAACAUUGCCUCCAAGUGACUAUGUGAGUUCAGAAAGCCAUGAGCAGAGUAUAACUGCCUGUUCAAGGUGAAUUCUGCAAGCUAGCAGAACUCUGUAGUGCAGUCUAUUAUUAAAUUUAAUAAAUAAAAAU